AUCUCUCCGUUUUCUUCACUUCUUUGCUCCAAUGGCGAACCCCAAAUCCGACCCGAUCGAGCCCUGUGAAGGGGAGUUGUAUUCGUUGUGGGCUCUUCCUCCAGAAGAUGUCGCCACCAAGAUCAUUUCUCUGAUGAGCAGCCUGAGAUCCGAGUUUGGCGGCCCCGAAUUUGAGCCGCAUAUCACCGUGGUUGGGGCAAUUCGUCUCACCCCUCAGGAUGCCCUCAAUAAAUUCCGAUCAGCUUGCGAAGGGGUCAAGGCUUAUCAAGCCACCGUGGAUCAAGUUUCCAUCGGAACCACCUUCUACCAGUGUGUUUUUCUCCUCAUUCAUCCCACCACCGAGGUGCUUCCCUCUCAUCCUUCCGUCUGCAUCUCAUCGUUUGGGCUUUUGUUAUGUUUAAUUUUCCUCCUAUUCUCUCUGUUUUCUUCUCAGGUGGUGCAGAUCAGCUCACAUUGCUGCAGCCAUUUUGGUUACAACAACUCCACCCCUUACAUGCCGCAUUUGAGCCUACUAUAUGCGAACAUAUCAGAUGAAAUGAAGAAGCGGGCGAAGGAAAUAGCGGACAAACUGAAUGAAGCCGUGAACGGUCUGAAAGUGCCAGUCACUCGACUUGCAUUGUACAAAACAGACACAGGCGAUGAAACUCUCAAGUCGUGGGAGAAAAUUGCAGAGCACGAUCUUCCUUCAAGUUAGGUUCUGUUGUUUUUUUAUGUAUGCCCUCUUCGAGAUUAAUUAUGUUGUUUUCGACAGUGUCUCUACUUCUGUAGACUUGUUUAACUUCUGGAAAAUAAAAGGCCUUGUUUGAAAGCUUACCAAGCUUCAUGUUUAGGCUUACUUUUUUUCAGUGAUUGUAAUAUGAAGAAGAAUCAAAGUUGCCGACGUUAUUGCUUUGUUGCUC